UGAUCCUCAAGUUGGCUGGCCAAGCUUUAUCAACAAUAUACCAAGAAUUGUAAUUCCAAUGCUCUCCGGACCCCUUCUACCCUCCUAGCUUCUCCUCCAUACCCAGGUUCGACCAUUCUAUAUCCUAUCUUAUUUUCCAUUCUCCUCUAGUCAGCAAAAAUGGAGCCGGAUAGUGUAACCAGCCACUCGCGAAAGCCUCUUAUCAUACCUUUACCAGGGGAACUACCUGAUGUUAAGCGCGAUGCAGCAAAGGCAUUCGCAGUCUUACAAGCUGGAGGAGUUAUCAUUACACCCACAGACGUUGGAUAUGGCAUGAUGGCGGCCAGCGUGGAAGGCAUUGAGCGCGCGUUCACAGCCAAAAAUCGCAAAGUUGGCCAUUCCCUAGGAAUUAUCGGUACUUACGCCUUACAUAAAAAACUGCAUAAUCUUCCGCCGGAGAAAUAUAACGUCACCCGUACAUUAUCUGAAGAAAUGGGGAUCACCAUUGCUGUCGUCGCAAAAAUGAAGGAGGGGACUAAGGAAUUGCUGCCCAGUGUGGAAAAGGUCACGAAGAAUGGCACGCUGGGUAUCGCAAUAUCUGAGGGACCAUUUCAACGAGAACUUGGAAGACUGAAUGAUGAAAAUGGUCAAAUCAUGAUUGGCAGCAGUGCGAACUUGACGGGCCAAGGGCAGAAGUUCCAAAUCAAAGAUAUUGAACCCGAGGUCAUCGAAGCCGCUGAUCUGAUUGUCGAUUAUGGGAGGCAAAAGUGGCAUUUGUAUGGGCGGGCUGGCACCACGAUAGAUUUGGACAACGAGCGCGUGCUACGCAUUGGGGUCAACUACGAAGUCAUCCGCGAAAAGCUAAUUGACUGGUUUGGAUGGUCCCUACCCGAAGAUCCCGAGUUCAGUAAAGAAGGACUGAAACGUGUUGGCGUCUCGAUCAAGUUGGAUCCGGAUAUUUGACUCAUAUUAUUUGCUUCAUUUUCUUUAUGGAAUACUUGUGAUUGCUCAACCAAGUCGUUGCCACUCAAAGAACGUGUCAAAAAUGGAUGAUUCGGCUUUAAAAUGCAAUAUAAAAGACGAAUCAGUUCAAUGAUAUAAAAUUCGAUUCCAAAAUCAGUUUUGAUAUCACGUCAUGUGCCAGCCAGCAUUUGCCCUUAAAGAACGAACCGAACCGUCAAGUAGCAGAUACGAUUCCCAAACAGUGUCUUCCAGAUUCCCAAAGUCUGGCCGGUGUCU